GUCGUUGCCACGUUCUCAGACUACCUGAAGCGCUAUCGAGGCAAGAAGUUGGCUUUUCGUAUCAUUAAACACCAACAGAUGCAGAACGAGCUACGUGAGAUCCACGACGACAUUGAUUUGGUCUUGGAGGAGCUGAAUCUUGCCAAAAACAUAGACUGGAAGCUGCAGUCCGAAGGUGACCAGCGCACUCAGCACAAGCUGCUGAAGACGAUGGCCCAAGACUUUUUCGCGGUUAAGCUGGAGCUGCAGCAAACACGGUCCCAGCUGGAAGCCAUACUCACUCUUCAGUUCGAA